AGUAUUGAGUAUCAUGUCUCCUCGAGACUCAGAAAAAGCGUCUCGAGGAGGUAAAGUAGCGACCUGUCGGGGAUGACACACACUAUUCACAACCACACGCGAAAUUCAUUAACAAUUUCAUUUUGGUUAAGGAAUGCAACUCCGAGAUAUUUAUAAUCUUGAACUAGGAAAAAAUCACAUAGUGUCAACAAACAUCGCUAUUGUUCAGUCUCUCUACAAAAACGCUUAUUUCAACCAACAUAGAACGGAUCAUAUUUUUAUAUUAUCUGCACAAUAUAACUAUCCAACUAUUUAUAUCUUCGAUAUACAUCCAGUUUGAUGAGUCGUUAACUGAUAAAUCUUUUGAUUAAAAUGAAAUAUGCAGCUCAUUAAGCGUCAAAGAGAAAAUUUAAGAUUCUUCCUUCAUCACAUUUCUAUAAAAGCAUGCUCCUUGUUUCACAUUUAUUUCAACGUCCUCAUUUCAUAUUCAUAAUUAUGAUGUCUUUGUUGAAAACAUAGAUUGUCUUGCUGAACAGACAGAGCAGAAUAAUAAUUUGCCUUUUACAUGUUUUUGUUUUUAAUUUGCAAAUAUUGUGCAUAGGGAAAGAUUGUGGUGAAAUCUGUUCGUUGUUGUUGUGCGGUGUUUUUAAUCAACAUUAUCAAAGCCUUCUUAGCGAGUAAUAGGCAUGGAGAAAUUUUUACUUAAGCUUUUUUUGUCGAUGGAAUUCAUUAAUCUUUGUCAGUGGCAGCACGUGCCAUAUUUUGUAAUAGGUACACACUUUAGUAUGAAACAGUUCACAACACUUUGCUUUAAGACGAAAAUACUAUUAGAUUAAUUAUACAUAUUUGUAAGAUAGACACGUAUAAAAUCAUUUUGAGUAUCAGUAAAUGUGAAAUGGUAAUUGACCGUACAAUUAAAGUCAUCAUUAAAAUCUGUCGUUACUUCUAUCAGGCUCUUUGAUCACGCACAAUACUUGCUCGGUUUGGGAUCCUUUUGAUUUGCAUUAACUUUCAAAUCGUAUUCUUUUCAUAUACGUAUUUACUUUACUUUAAUAGAGUUUAGGUCAGUAAGCUUUUACAGAAAGAUAAAAUGUUGUAAGGAUAAAAUUAACACAAUAUAAAUUAUAUGCGAAUCAAAAGUGACCCGAUAGCCGAGUCGGAACACAGUUACGAUGUAGUUGGUUGUCUGUAGGCGAAGAAGGCCAAACAGGCCGAGAUCGACCGCAAGCGCGCUGAGGUGCGCAAGCGCAUGGAGGAAGCCUCCAAGGCUAAGAAGGCCAAGAAGGGUUUCAUGACACCAGAGAGGAAGAAGAAACUUAGGUUGCUGCUACGUAAGAAAGCCGCAGAGGAGUUGAAGAAGGAACAGGAACGCAAAGCCGCCGAGAGGAGGCGUAUCAUUGAGGAAAGGUGCGGUAAACCCAAGAACAUCGAUGACGCAAACGAAGAUACAGUUGCGAGGGUUUGCAAAGAUUACCACGAGCGCAUCGCCUCACUUGAAGACCAGAAAUUCGAUCUGGAAUACAUCGUUAAAAGGAAAGAUAUGGAGAUCUCCGACCUCAACUCUCAAGUCAACGACCUCAGAGGCAAAUUCGUUAAGCCCACACUAAAGAAGGUGUCCAAAUACGAGAACAAAUUCGCAAAGCUCCAGAAGAAGGCCGCCGAAUUCAACUUCCGCAACCAAUUGAAGGUUGUCAAAAAGAAGGAGUUCACCCUUGAAGAGGAAGACAAAGAGAAAAAACCAGACUGGUCCAAGGGCAAACCAGGAGAUCAGAAGGUAAAAGAGGAAGAAGUCGAGGCAUGAAGUGACCACUGUUAACUUUAAUUAAAUACCUUUAAGACCUUGUAUCUCACGCCAGCUGUUCAACACCAUGUGAUAGCCCUGUACGACCAUGGGUACCAAUGUUAUCAGCCGAUGGCAUAUUCCUCCAUUAUUAUUUUAUAUGUCCAAAAACAUCAUGUUUCAAACAUCUACACAACAC